AUGGUUAUUUUCCAUUCAGAGACACGAGAGUAUAAACAACUUUUUGAUCUGAUUCCCUCCAGCCAACUAAACUCUCGUCCUCCAACCAGCAGAACUAUGGAUCACGAGAAGGAUAUUCAAAUAAUCCCGCCUUAUGCGGCUCUCCAGCCACGGAAGAAGCAGAGAUCACCUUUUGCAUCGGUGAAGAUGAUGCUCUCUAGCUUCAAAAAGACUCUAAUGUUGUUAACCUGUGUUUUGAUGUUUUUUGUAUAUCUUAAAUUCCCAACAGGAAGAUUCAAACAAUUGCAGCAAAGAAUCUUGAACAAGGAUCCAGAAAUCGUGAUAAUAUUGGCAGCAAAUGAAGGAGGUGGGGUUUUGAAAUGGAAAGGGGCUCAAGAGUGGUCGGUGGAAAGAAGUUCUAUUAAUAACAAGAAAUAUUAUGCCAAUAAACACGGGUACGGUUUGACCAUCAAGGACAUGACGAUAAAGAGAAGAUACUCUCACGAAUGGCGAGAAUCCUGGGAGAAGGUCGAUAUUCUCAAGCAAACCAUGCGCCAGUUCCCAAACACUAAAUGGUUUUGGUGGUUAGAUUUGCACACUUACAUCAUCGAACCUCAACUUUCGCUUGAAGAACAUAUUUUCAACAACUUGAACAACUUAACAUACAGAAUCACCAAUGAAAAAGAUUUCAAUCCUUUGAACUUGGACUUGAAUAUCCCUUACGCCGAUUAUAAGAAUUCGCCGGUGGAAAUGUUAAUCACACAGGAUUGUGGGGGUUUCAAUUUGGGGUCAUUCUUGAUCAAGAAGUCACCAUGGUCAGAAUUACUUUUGGAUAUUUGGUGGGAUCCUGCGUUUUAUGAGCAGAUGCACAUGAUCUGGGAACAUAAAGAACAAGAUGCUUUUGAAACUUUGUACAGAACUCAGCCGUGGAUUAGAGAGAGAAUUGGCUUUUUGCCAUUGAAAUCAAUCAAUGCCUUCCCACCUGGGGCAUGUUCUGAUAAAGCUGAUGAUCCUCAGUUCUUUUACAAUGAAAAUGACAGAGAUUUUGUCGUCAAUAUGGCUGGUUGUGAAUGGGGAAGAGAUUGUUGGGCUGAAAUGGAAUACUACAAGAGCGUCGAUAGAAGAUUGCAUAAAAAGCCUUGGUAUAAGUUUUGGUGA